AUGACGUCUUUUCUUUCUGCUGUCUUAUUCGUGAAUUCUCUGCUUUGGUUAGAUACUACACCUUGCGGAAUUUCAACACAUAUAGAGAUUGCUCACAGGGCUCUGGAAUACUUCCAAAGCGAUGGAAACUUUAACUACAGAGAGCUUUUAAAGAAACACCCUGAAGCGUUCCAAGCAGGAAGUGUAUACCCUGAUGCUUUCUAUCAAGACAUUUGUGCAAACGGAAAAUACCAUGAUCUCUCAGAAGAUUCGCAUUGGACGCCUUUCCUGAAGGCUAGUAUUAAUUAUAUCAGGAAGGUCUACCCGCGGCCAUGGGACGAGUCAGCUCAGAAGUUGGUGGCCUUCCUAUUUGGAGUUGCAUCUCACAUGGUGGCUGAUGUGAGCUGGCACAGCCUGGACAUUGACCAAGGGUUCCUCAGUGUCAUGGGAGAAAUUGACUUCCAUGGCUCGUAUGCAGACGCUCAUCAGGCAGGGGACUUUGGAGGUGAUGUAUUGAGUCAGUUUGAACUUGACUUUAGUUAUCUGGAAUCAAAAUGGUACAUACCAGUAAAAGACCUUAUUAACAUCUACGAAGAGUUCUAUGGCUCAGCAGUCAUAGCAGAGAGCACAAUUAUUGAUUGCACAUACAUUUUGUUCUUGCAAAUGUAUGGUGAAUCUAUUGCUGUCUCCAAGCUUUUUUCAACAUAUGCAAGAAAAUCACCAUUCCUGGUGGAGAAAUUCAAUGAAUAUUUUCUGGGUGGAGUAGAUGAUAUGGCAUUUUGGUCAACAAAUAUUUUUCAGUUAACCAGCUUCAUGUUGGAGAAUGGUACAAGUGACUGUUACAUGCCGGAAAAUCCCAUUUUUCUUCAGUGCAAUUCUCAGAAAAGACAUAAAAAUAUAUUAGGGAAAAUACGUUUGCAGAAAGAUGAAGACUUCAGCAAUGUCACUGACUCUUUCAUGAACUCAGUUGGAGCUAAUAUAAUUUCAGCGGAUAACGGAGUAUUCUUUCAAGUCAAUUCAUGGGCCAAGACUUCUAUGCAGUUUUUAACCAACGCAGCCAAUUCGAUGUACCUGAAGGGGAUCUUUCGUUCUCAAGAUCCAACUCAUAACGCAACUCAUUCUACCGCCUAUUUUGUGAGAACCCCUUAUGCAAGACUAGGGUGGACUAUGGCCACAGCGGACUUCAACCGUGAUGGGCUGGAUGAUUUGGUAGUCGGUGCUCCAGGUUACAGCGCCAUUGGCCAACUUCAAGUAGGACGUGUGUACAUUGUCUACAGCAAGCAAGCGGGAUUGCCUUUUACCAGUUUGGAUCUAGACGAGGGGGCUGACGUUAUUCUCCAGGGCCUCGAGCAAUCAAGCAGAUUUGGAUCUUCGGUGGCUGUACUGGACUUCAAUCUUGAUGGAAAGCUGGAUCUAGCUGUAGGAGCUCCAUCUGUAGGAUCAAAACAGCUCACAUAUACAGGCUCUGUGUAUGUGUAUUUUGGGACUAAGACCAGAGGUUUCUCCUCAGAACCUAACAUCACUAUAACAUGUAGGAACACAUACUGUAACCUUGGUUGGACCCUCCUGGCUGCUGAUGUGGAUGGAGACAAAAAGAAGGACCUUGUUAUUGGAUCUCCAUAUGCAGGCGGAGGGCAGCAGAGAGGAAUGGUGGCUGUUUUUUAUUCCCUGAGAAGAAGGAGCAGACAAGGCAUGAUGUCAGUAGAAGAUGCAGAAUGGACUGUUUUGGGGGAACACAAUUACGCAUGGUUUGGCUACUCACUUCAUAGUCAUGAACUGGAUAACAAGACUUUGUUAAUGGUUGGGAGUCCAACAUGGAGCAAGUGCAAGAGUACACCUUAUUGUGAUGGUCCAGCAGAUACCUUGCAGAGUAUGGGAAAAGCUUAUGGAUUCUACCCACCAAGUACAAACGUAUCCUUUGAAGUGUAUGGUGAUACAGAACACAAUAAAUUAGGCACAUCAUUUGCCAGUGGAGCUGUUCUGGUCAAUGGAGUAAAAAGACAAGUGCUGUUGAUUGGUGCACCUACCCAGAAUAGCAAUGCAAGAUUUGCAUUCAUACCACAAGUGCUACACCAUGCCGGGGCAGUCAAGAUGUUUGAGCUAAAUUCUGGAAGGGAUCCAUCAUUACUAGGCAUUUUGAGUGGGGACAGGGAAUAUUCACGGUUUGGAGCAAAUGUGCAUUUAAGUGAUCUCGACAACGAUGGUCUUGAUGAAAUCAUUGUGACAUCACCUCUCAAGACUGAUGGCAAACAGUCUAUGCUAUUUGGCACUCAAACAGGACGUGUUUUCAUCUACAAUGGAAAUGUUACCUCACCAGGUCUCCUAUCCAAAAGUUGCAAGUCCUGGGUUUCACCCUGUCCAGAAGACUGGGCCCAGUAUGUACUGGUGUCUCCCGAAGGAAAAGCAAACUUUGGAACAGCUGUAACUACAGUCACAUCAAAGGGAGAAAAACAAGUUGUGGUAGCAGCUGAAAGAAGUUCUUUGAAUGGAAGACUUGCUGGUGCCAUCUAUGUAUACAGUCUUGGAUAACAAAUAUUUCAUAAGGAAACAAAAGGUGGGGUAAAUGGAGAAUAUGUUGUAUGGAAAUGUAGCUUGAAAGCAUACUUGGCUGUAAUCAAUCAAUAAAAAUCCAUUGUUGACAA